AUGAGUUCGCUAGAACAACAAAUUAAAGAAAUAGAAAAUAACAUAAUUGUAAAGGAAGGGAAAAUUCAAAGCUUAUUAAAGGAUAUAGAAGAAAUAAAAAAUAAAUCACAAUUAUAUUAUGAAAAUUUGAUAGAUCAACAAGACAUUUUACUCAAAAAAAAAAAAAAAAAUAUAUUGUUAGAGUUAAAGAUAAAUAACUUAAUAAAAAACAACAUCAAAACUUCAAAAAAUAUUCAUCAUGUUAAUAUUCAUAUAAAUUGUUUGUUCGAUGAGUUGAAAAAUACAAAGUGUGAUAUAAAGGAAAAAUAUAAUAAAUUUAAUAACAUAUUUUAUUUUCUUGAUAAUUAUAAAAAAUGUGAUAAUAAUAUAAUCCUAAUUACAUCAAUUCUAAAGAACUUUUCUAUUAAGAAAAACGAACAUAAUAUAUUACUCAAAUCAUUACUUGAUAAAAAUACAAAUAAAAAGAAUAAAUUAGUAAACAACAUAAAAGAAAUUAAUAGUAAUAUCAACAAUAUCAUAUCAAACAUUCUAAUAUUAGAUGAACAAAUCAUUUCUAAUUUGAAUAAAAUAAAAAAUGUCAUAUAUGAUAAUUUAAAUAUUUAUCAAGAGGAAAAUGAAAAAUAUCAGCAAAAUUCUGAAAUGAAUAUAUGUCUAAAUAUAAUAAAUAAAAUUAUAGAAAAGCAACAAAAUGAUAAUAAUACAUUUCUUCAUAUAUACAACAUUUCUGACAAUAUACACAAUAAUAUUAUAAUAUCCCCUUAUAAAAAGGAUAACGCAGAAAAACUACAACUAGAAUUAAAUACCCAAGAAUUUCUUGAACUUGAAAAUUUUUUCUCAUAA